UUGAUUUAAAAUGAACGUGCCAAAUACAAGCAUGGACGAAUUUACUUCAAUGUGGCCUAGUCUUGUCCCACUGUAACCUGUUGCAGUAUUGUGACACCUGUUCAAGCCUUGCACUUCUGGCUGCGUGUGUGUGUGACUGUAUGCGUGUGUUGGUGGAGUAAUUGAAACUUUUUAAACUUGCACCGUGCACACACGAAGAUAACCUCGCUACACGCUACACUCGUGUUUGCCUGCCUGCGUUUACUUAACGCUUUGAACGAUAAGCGCUUCUGCAAAUUGAGGCCACAUUCUCUGCACAGGUCAUCCCAAGUCGCACUGCUUGUCCGACAGCUUAGCUCAAUCUACACAUCGUCCAUCUCUAAGUCGAAUCGGCCAAUCGAUAAUCGGACCUAUCGACCUAUUUUCAGCAGCCUAACUAAAGAAAAAAGGCAAUAUUUUGCAAAAAACAUUCGGAAACGGUCGAAAAACACCCGCUUCAUUGGCCAAAGGAGCCGUAUUCCGUGCAACGCAAAGCGGCGACAAACCAGACAAUUGCAGUGUGAGACAAAUGUGCGCAAAAUGAAAGUGACAAUCAAGUCAUGGACGGGAGUUGCAACUUGGCGUUGGAUAGCGAAUGACGAGAACUGCGGUAUCUGUCGCAUGUCCUUCGAGAGCACCUGCCCGGAGUGCGCUCUGCCCGGUGACGACUGCCCGCUGGUGUGGGGUGUCUGCUCCCAUUGCUUCCACAUGCACUGCAUCGUCAAGUGGCUGAACCUCCAACCGUUGAACAAACAGUGCCCCAUGUGCCGCCAGAGCUGGAAGUUCAACGUGCAUUAAGAAGCUCGCGUUAUAGUUCUAGUUUCU